UUCCAACUUUGUGCCGCUCCAGACAUAUCUUUGUUUAAAUUAUCACCAGACUGUUUUUAUGUAUAUCUGAAAAAAUACUUCAGCGAGUGAAUUGAGUAUUGGCUGUAUCUAUUCUUAAAUCCAUUGUGUAGGUCAGAGUUCGAUGAACGCGCUCCCGAAACACCUAAAAACUAUUUGGUCUUCUAAAUAUAAUGUUGUUAUGAGUAAUUCUGACCGUGUAAGAGGAUGGAACUCUCCCGGAACGGAAUUUCCUGUGUAAAGAUCCAGUAGUGCUGUAAACGUGUCUGAUCGAUGUUCAUCCGUUGUGUUCAGUGAAGUUAAGUGAGCUUUUAGUAAGUUAAAAUGACUCGUGGACCAACGAUAGUGCGAGUACCACCGGGAGGAGGCGGUUCCAAGGGCAUCAAGUGCUGCUGCUGCCGAUGCUGCGAAUGUCUGAACCUUGGAUAUCUGACCAGCCACCAUGGGAUCAUUAAGCUAGCCGAAGCUAUGUUAGGUGGGCUAUGCCAGAGCCUACUGGUGAAGUAUGGAAUGUCCGCGGCUGGUACCAUGGGCUCUGCGUUCCAUGGGUUCCUGACGACGGCCUCCGCCUGUCUUCUCACUACCGCACUCCUCAUCGCUUGCUACGUGCUCUCCUCAAACACACAGCAGCUUAUUCGACAGUCUAUCUUCGAAUGCCUGUUCAACGCGGUGGCGUGCUUCCUAUACUUGUCGGCGUCUUCGUACAUGGGCGUCGCGGUGAACAUCUACUUGUACCCGCAGUAUAUGCUAGUUAACAUGUAUGCCGCGUACCCGGCCAUGACAGCUGUCUAUUAUAUCGGCGUAGUUGUGGGGAUCCUUCACGGCGUAGAUGCGUAUCUGUCAUACAAGUACCACAAGGGAUACCGGUGAACAGACAAACCCACGAAUAUUCGUGCUGGGCCUACUGACGUCUAGACAUGUACUGUGUUCUACUUACUAAUAUGUAAUACGACUAUAUCCGCAAGAAAUUUCUUUUCAAUAAUUGUUUCAUAGAGAACAAUAUUUGCAGAUAAUAAAUUAAUUUUAGAUAUGUAGGAUAAUCGAUUUUAAUGUAUUGUAUAAUCGAGUUGAACAUAUCUGGCAUCACGAGGCACGUACAACGAACGAAUAUGUAUAGGUUACGCCCUACCAAAUCGAGUAAUACUUCAUU